GAUACCGCGCAUGCGCACCUUGUAGGCUGCCUGUCAAUGCCAUAGCAACCGGAGCAGACCAUCAACAUGGCCAAAGCAACGACUGUAAGAGAAGCACUGGCCAAAUGGGAGGAAAAGUCAGGGGAGAAGGCGAGCGAGGCCACAGCUAUAAAAUUGUACGGUCAGGUUCCUUCUAUAGAGAAGAUGGAUGCUUCUCUCUCCACACUCACCAAAUGCGAGAAACUGUCUCUGUCCACAAACUGCAUUGAGAAAAUAACCAACCUUAAUGGCCUGAAGAACCUGAGGAUACUGUCACUAGGGAGAAAUAAUAUCAAGGCACUCACUGGGCUGGAGGCAGUAGGAGACACAUUAGAAGAGUUGUGGAUCUCUUAUAACCUGAUAGAGAAGCUGAAGGGAAUCCAGUGCAUGAGGAACCUGAAAGUCCUCUACAUGUCCAACAACCUGGUCAAAGAAUGGGGAGAGUUUGUGAGGCUAGCUGACCUGCCGUGCCUGGCAGACCUGGUGUUUGUUGGAAAUCCUCUGGAGGAGAAGUACUCCACUGAGGGAACGUGGAUGGAUGAAGCCUCUAAAAGACUACCUAAUCUGAAGAAACUAGAUGGAACCCCAGUCAUCAAACAGGAAGAGGAUGAAGGAGACAGAGAGAGCUGAGAAACAGGACUGUCUACAGAAUUGCAACACCUUUCCCCAAGAGUCCUCUCUUUUUUUUUAAAGUUUUCUAUAGUUUUUGCCUGAGGCUUUUCUUUAUAUAAAAUAUUUUUACAGCAACACAAUCCUGUGUUGUAGAUUGACAAGCACAACAUAACAAAAUACACAUAGUGUGUAUCCUUCUGAAUUGAAGAAGCCAGUUAAACUGACUAAAUACUGCAGGCCUGGUGGGUUUAGGACCAGAAGUGUGACUACGUGAUUACCACAUUUCCUAAUGCUAUUUACAGCAUUACGUUUUUCUUUUUACUGUCAAACUAUGAAGAAUAUUGAAGCUGAUAAAAAUUGACUGUGGAAAUUGGUGGUAUGGUACCAUUCAGGAGCCAAAACCACUCAGUGUGUAAAUUUACAAUGUGUCUUACAGAACAUCUUUAAGUGUGUAUGCAUCCGUCUUCUAGCAAGAACUUAAGCACAGUGUAGUGCACUCACUUGUGAGCAGAAACAUUUUUGUGGACCAGAGUUUGACAAGGUAAUACUAUUAGCUUCACCCUGCUGGACCUUCUCUAGCCUAAUAGGAGUUGGCUGUAAAUACCUAACACUGUCUUCCCUCCAUAGCAUCACCAUGGAGAGAUGGCCAGCGUGCUAAAGAUUAGCUGGGUUGUGAUGUAUUUACUGAACUAAGCAGUGAGACAACUUGACUGUUGAAACAAAGCGACUCAGAAGUGUUCACAACUUGUUUGAAACCCUGUAGAUGUUGUGAAUUUAUUUCUGUGGUUACUCCUGGUCAGCUUUAUGCAAUUGUAUAUUUGUAUGAGUGAUACAUUUCAAUGUUAACCACAAAAGAAAAAUCCAGCAAGUAGUUGCAUCCUGCCACGGUACAUUGACAGCAAACUCUUUUUUCCAGUUGUUAUCAGAAUUCAGGAAAUAGCUUAAAUGAGGGUCUGACUUCUCAGGUAGUAAGGGAACAGCAGUAUGUUUAAAGUUUGCACCCAGCAUUGUUGUAAUGGAACAUGAAGGGACCAUAACCAUAUACUGUGCAAAGCACUGUGGCACGACUGUGGAGUCACUGAACAAAGUAUAUCCACACCUCUGUUUGGUACUGUGUUGGUUAUAAUUUUCCUGACAAUAUGGUCAUGUAGAAUAUUGCUUAACUUUAUUACAUUCAUAUCUUAACAAGAAUUUACGUUGUAAUAAGGUAUACUGUUCAUUAUUUGAAGGGCAGAUAUUAAUCAACUGUAUUUUCCUUUGGGUUUUAGGCUCAUUUAGGAACCAAGGUUUCCACAAUGUUCCUGUUCUUAAAGAUCUGAUACCAAGGUUAAUGCAUGUAGCACGUCUUAAUUAAUUACCACUGUCAACGUGAUUUUUGAAGUGAAGUUUUAAGUUAUUUUAGAAAUGUUUGUACAUACAGUUGUCACAUGUUUAUGUUUUUUAAAUGAUUUUGAUAAUUGAAAUAAAUA